CAGGCCGCUUUCCCGGCCCCGCCCCGCCCCAGCCGACCCCGCCCCGCGCUACGCGACGGGAGGUGGAGUCUUGGGGGAAAGACUCCUGGGCCGGUUCCGACGCCGACUACGCUUCCCAUGGCGGACUGGGUAGAGACGUGCUCUGCCGGCCGCAAGGCCCGGGGUCCUCGCGCCUCCCGAAACGUCGCAGGUACUAAGCAGACAAGUGCCUUGAAACAAGAAGACGCUUCUAAAAGGAAAGCAGAACUAGAAGCACUUGUCAGAAAGAAGAUUGAGUUUGAGAGAAAAGCUCUACGUAUUGUUGAACAGCUUUUAGAAGAGAAUAUUACAGAAGAAUUCCUAAGGGAGUGUGGGAAGUUCAUCACACCUGCUCACUAUAGUGAUGUUGUGGAUGAGCGUUCUAUUAUCAAACUCUGCGGCUAUCCCUUAUGUCGGAAGAAGCUAGGAAUUGUACCAAAACAGAAAUAUAAAAUUUCUACCAAAACCAAUAAAGUCUAUGAUAUUACUGAAAGAAAGUGUUUUUGCAGCAAUUUUUGUUAUAAAGCAUCUAAGUUUUUCGAAGCACAAAUUCCUGAAACUCCAGUGUGGGUUCGAGAAGAAGAAAGACGUCCUGAUUUUCAGCUGCUACAGGAAGGACAAAGUGGUCAUUCUGGAGAAGAAAUACAGUUAUGCAGUAAGGCCAUUAAAACAUCAGAUGUUGACAGUCCUGGCCAUUUUGAGAAGCAUGAUGAAUCUAGUUCUUCUGGCACUCAUAGUGAUAGUAGCAGUGAUAAUGAGCAAGACUUUGUUUCCUCCAUUCUACAAGGAAACAGACCAAAUGCAACGGGUAUAAGGCCACAGCUGCACAAAAAAAGCAUAAUGAAGAAGAAAGCUGGUCAAAAGGUUAACUCCAAACAUGAAAGCAAAGAACAGACAGUAAUAGAUGUCACUGAGCAGUUAGGCAAUUGCAGAUUAGAUAGUGAGGAGAAAGCUGCUGCUUGUGAACUUCCUUUACAGAAUGUAAAUACUCAGAUUUCUUCAAAUAGGUCUCCGCAAGAAAAAUUAGAAGCUUCAAAAAUUUCUGAAAAUAAAUACAAUAGUUCAAAAAUAACUCUUGUAGGCAUAAGUAAGAAAAGUGCUGAGCAUUUUAAGAGGAAAUUUGCCAAAUCGAACCAAGUUUCUAGGUCAGCUUCUAGUUCAGUGCAGGUGUGCCCUGAAGUUGCAAAGGCAAACUUACUUAAAGCGCUGAAGGAGACUUUGAUUGAGUGGAAGACAGAAGAAACUUUGAGGUUUUUGUAUGGCCAGAAUUAUGCUUCUGUAUGUCUGAAACCCUCUUCAGCCCCUCUGGUUAAGGAAGAAGAACUUGAUGAAGAUGAUGUGAACUGUGACCCAGACAGUCAUUCCCCUGCCUUGCAGGAAUCUCAGAACAGCUUGGAUGAGUCUUUACCGUUUAGAGCCUCAGAUACGGCCAUUAAACCACUGCCAAGUUAUGAGAACUUGAAAAAAGAAACUGAAACGUUAAAUCUAAGGAUCAGGGAGUUUUAUAGAGGACGAUAUGUUUUGAAUGAAGAAACCGCCAAAUCACAAGACUCAGAAGAGCAUGAUCCCACCUUUCCACUGAUAGAUUCACAUUCUCAGAACCAGAUUAGAAAACGCAUCGUACUUGAAAAAUUGAGUAAAGUAUUGCCUGGACUUUUGGGGCCUCUUCAGAUUACAUUAGGAGAUAUUUACGCACAACUUAAAAAUCUUGUCCGAACUUUCAGAUUAACAAACAGAAAUAUUAUACAUAAACCUGCAGAGUGGACAUUAAUUGCUUUGGUGUUGCUGUCAUUACUGACCUCAAUUCUUGGCAUUCAGAAGGAUUCUCAGGAAAAUGUAAUGUUUACGCAGUUUUUGACCACCCUGCUUGAAGAAUUACACUUAAAGAAUGAAGACCUUGGAAGUUUAACCAUCAUAUUUAGAACCAGCUGUUAACCACAGUGAUAAUCCGUGAAGACCAAAUAGAUGAACUUACAUUGACCAUUUCUGGAAUUCUAGCCACAAUAAUUGUACAGUUAGAGCUACUUAUCAGUCACCACCGGACAGAGUGACUUCCGCAGAUAGAGAACCAUUAUCCCAACAAGGAUAACCAAGUCCUUGCAUCCUAGAUACAAGACAUAGUAUUUCUACUUAUUUGAAAAUGAAAGCUGAAAUUUUAAGUUGAAACCUCAAGAAAAUAUAAUGACCUAUUUCUUCUGUAUUAUUACAGCCAUCAUAUCAGUUGACCAGAAAAUUGAGAAAAGUCCCAUUUUAGCCUCAUAGUCGAACUCUAGAUUCUAAAGAACAGUAAAGAAUUAGGUCAAUAAAUACAAUUUAGGGCUUCCCUGGUGGUGCAGUGGUUAAGAAUCCACCUGCCAAUGCAGGGGACACAGGUGCAAGCCCUGGCCCAGGAAGAUCCCACACGGAGCAACUAAGAUCCUGUGGAGCAACUAAGCCUGUGCACCACAACUACUGAGCCUGUGCUCUAGAGCCCACAUGCCACAACUACUGAAGCCCGAGUGCCUAGAGCCUGUGCUCCACAACAAAAGAAGCCACUGCAGUAAGCCCGUGCACCACAAAGAAGAGUAGCCCCUGCUCACCACAACUAGAGAAAGCCUGCAGGCAGCAAUGAAGACCCAAUGC